AUGACAGAUCGAGUAUACCCCGCCGCCAAACCCACCACCACCGCCAACGGAAACGGCGUAUCCACCGCCAACCCAUCUUUUCCAGCCACAAAGGCCCAACUCUACGGCGCCUCUCGCCCAACCUACCGUCCUCAACCCCAUCACCGCCGUACCCGCCGCCGUUGCUGCUGCACUUUCUUCUUCUACCUCCUCCUCAUCAUCCUCAUCCUCCUCCUCGUCAUCGGCAUCGCCGGCACUGCCUUCUACCUAAUCUACCGUCCCCACCGUCCUUCCUUCACCGUCACUUCCCUCAAACUCUCCUACCUCAACCUCACAUCUUCCUCCACUCUCAACUCAAAAUUCAACGUCAACAUCACCGCCAAAAACCCCAACAAAGAAAUCACCUUCGUCUACCAACCCACCUCAGUUCAAAUUCUCUCCAACGAAAUCGAUGUCGGCGACGGAACAAUCCCCUCUUUCAAACAUAACAAGAAGAACACCACUCUGCUAAAAGCUUCCAUUCUGACUAAAGGAGCGCCACUAGAGAGCGACGCCGCCACAGAGUUGAAGAAGAACAUGAAGAGCAAAAACGGGUUACCGUUGAAAGUGAAAUUAGAAACCAAAGUGAAGGCUAAACUGGGAAAAUUGAAGACACCUAACGUCAGAAUAAGAGUCUCUUGUGACGGAAUUCGAGUCCAUGUCCCCGCCGGUAAGAAACCGGUACCGGUAACGGCGUCAACGUCGAAGGUUAAAUGUGAAGUUGACGUGAGAUUUAAGAUCUGGAAAUGGACCGUUUAA